AUGACCAACAUCUUGCUCGACCGCAGCCUCACCGCCAAAGUCUAUGACUUCGGGGCAUCGAAGCUAGCACCAAGUGACGAGGCUGAGAUUGUGACAUUGGUGAAAGGCACCUGCAGGUACCUGGACCCGGAGUACCUCAUGACAUGUCAGCUGACGGACAAGAGUGAUGUGUACAGUUUUGGUGUUGUUCUGCUCGAGCUCUUGACAGGGAAGAAGGUGCUCUGCUUCGAUGAGCCAGAGGAGGACAGGAGCCUCGUGUCCCGAUUCACGACGGCCAUGAAAGCAGGCCGGCACGGCGAGCUCCUUGAUGGUCGGGUGAGAUUGGAGAUGAGCCCGGAGGCGCUGGAAGAAGUAACGUACCUUGUGAUGCGCUGUGUGAGCAUGAUCAGAGAGGAGCAUCCGUCGAUGAAGGAAGUUGCAGAGAAAUUGGAAGCUCUGAGGAGGUAUCAAUGGAAACCAUGGGGUCAGGCCAGUGCUGAUCCGGAUGAGGGGCAAAGCUUGCUUGGUAGAGAGCAACAACGUGAUGUGAAUUAUAAGUUCAGACCGCAAGACGUGCUUGAUCUUGAAGAGGGUAGUACAUACACUUUUAGCUUGUAG